UGCUAUAAACACAGGUUACAAUGCAGCUUAUUGAAGAGACAGAGAGAGGAAUGAACAGCCGAUUUGUCCAUGUGGGGAGAUCCCUCAUUGCCCUCGGGACGACCUGCAUCUUCCUGGGGAUCAUCAGCUUUUUCCCGGUCUUUUACUACAAGCCAUGGUUUGCAGGAUGGAACGUACAGAUUGCCUGUCCCAUCUGGAAUGGAGCCCUGGCUUUCAUCGUUGGAGUGCUGGUGCUGCUGGCUGAGAGGGAGGAGAGCUCACGAUCUCUGCCUGGAGCCACGCUGACCUUUGCCCUGAUGACUUUAGUGACCUCGGCCGUACAGUUCACCGUGGAGCUGAUGGCUGUUCUGAUCGGGCCGCUCUGCUACUUCUCCUACGCGGGGGCUAGCGGGCUGGGCUACCUGGGCUACGCCGUCCGCUUCCCCUACCCCUACGGCUUGUCCCCCGUCUGCCUGGAUCCUCCGCUUCACGAGUUCUACCACCUGGGCCUCCACGUCCUGGGCUCCGCUCUCGGGCUGGCCACCUUCUGCCUUGCCCUGGCCAUCUGCCUCAGGCUCGCCCUCCGGUACAGCAGGACGGGCACCCUCAGCGGUCAACGCUGGAGAUGGUAACACAGCCUCACACUGCCCUGGUCUCUGGAUUACUGGCAUGUAGAUAUCAACUGGACCAGAAAUACCUCCGUAACUCGGGGCUCCGUCACGGAGGGGCCGGGGUGGCUGGUGUUACUAUAUCACCCCAUUGCUUUCCCUCCUCUCUCUCCCCUUCCUCCCUCUUCCCCACUCCCUCCCACUCUCUCCCCCUCUCCUUCACUCCCACUCUCCCUCUGCCUUUCUCCCACUUUCCCUCUCUCCUCACUCCUACCUCUCUCUCUCUUCCCUCUUUUCCCUGUCUCCCUCCCUUCUCCCACUCUCCUCCUCAUUUCCCAGGUCUCUGUCACUUUCUCUCUCUUGCCACACUCUACCCCCUUCUCCCUUCCUUCUUUCCUUUCUCUAUCCUCUCUUUCUACCCCCCAAGCUCUUGCCCACCUUUCUCCCCACAUCCUCCCUCUCUCACCCCACUCUCCUGUUCUCUCUCCCUCUCUUUUCCUCUUCCCCCUCUCUCCUUUGUUCUCCCCCCCUCUUUACUCUCCAACCUCUCUCUCCCUUUUCUGCCUCUCCCUCCCUCCCCUCUCUCCUACUCUUCUUUCUCCCUCUCCAUCUCCAACUCUCUCUUGCCCCCUCUCUCUCCACCCACCUCUCUCUUUAUCUCUCUCUCUCUAUCACCCUCCCUGCCUCAUAUUGCUCUCCCCCUCUGCACCCUGGUCUCUGUUUUUACUGCCCCUUCCCUUUUCCCAUUCCACCCCACCCUGGUCCCUGUAGCAACAACUCCCCUACUCCCUACCAGUAACUCUGGGACAGCCCCCUGGCAGCUGCCAUUUACAACUUCCCGGGGCCAAACGGCCGAAAGAAAGUCCAGCGCAGAGUUGGCAGUGGAGGAGAGGUUGAGGGAGGUACCUUAAGGGUGCAGGGAGGUGAAGUCAUGUCCCUCCAGGGAGGGGUGUGGUUGGAAUACCAGGGAACGGGACUGUAUUCAGUAUAGGUAUAGAUGGAGAAAGGUGUGAAUAAGAUUGAAAGAGUGCAGAGAAAAUUUAGAAGGAUCUUGCUGGGACUUUAGAACAUUGAAUAGGGAAAGAUUGAAUAGGUUGGGACUUUAUUCCCUGCUUAGAAGAAUGAGGGGAGAUCUGAUGGAGGUUUACAAAAUUAGAAGGGUACAGGUAGGGUAAAUUCAAGCAGGUUUUUUUUACACUGAGGUUGGGUGGGACUAGAACUAGAGGUGAUGGGUUAAGGGCAAAAGGUGAAAUGCUUAAGAUGAACAUGAGGGGUGAAUGUGGAUUUCAUUUCAGCAUUUAAUGAGAAGUUACCUGAAUGGGAGGGAUACGGAGGGCUAUGGUCUGAGUGCAGGUCAAUGGGACUAGGCAGAAUAAUAGUUUGACAGAGACCAGAUAGGCUGCACAUCAUGCUCCUGUGUCGGUGUGCUUGAUAACUCUGUCUGAGUGUCAGUGCCAGCGAGCGUGACAGAGGAUGACAGACCUGAAGUUGAGACUGAGAUGAUUAAAUCUGAACAGGGAGGAUCGGUGAGAGUUAUUUAACACUGGGUGUGGAGGCAGGCAGCACAUACAGCCACCACCUCACAGACCCGGCUUCGAUCCCAUCCUCCAGCACUGACUGAAUUCGUUUCGGAAUCAGAACUAUUAUCAAAGACUGAUGUGAUGUGAGAUCUGCAGAUUUGCGGCAUCAAUACAGAAUGAAGACAGAAAAUUGCUAAAAAUUACAAAAUCAAUCAACAGCCCUCUAAAGGAACAGUGAAGUAGUGUUCAUGGUGCAUUGUCCAUUCAGAAAUCCGAUGGCCGAGGGGAAGAAGCUGCUCCUGAUAUACUGAGUGUGUGUCUGACGGUAGCAGUGAGAAGUGGGCAUGCCUGGGUGACAGGGGUCCUAAAUGAUGGAUGCUACUUUUUUGAGGCAUCGCAUUUUGAAGAUGUCUUCGAUGGUGGGAAGGUUGUGCCUAUAAUGAAGUUGACUGAAUCUACAAACCUCAGUCUCUGGAGACUGUGUGUCCAUAAGACAUAGCAGCAGAAUUAGGCCAUGCAGCCCAUCAAGUCUGCUCUGCCAUUCCAUCAUGGCUGGUCUCGGAUCCCACUCAACCCCAUACACCUGCCUUCUCACCAUAUUCUUUGAUGCCCUGACCGAUCAGGAAACAAUGAACUUCCACUUUAAAUAUACACACAGAAUCACCGCAGUCUGUGACAGAGAGUUCCACAGAUUCACUGCUCUCUGGCUAAAAAAAAAUCCUCCUUGACUCUGUUCUAAAAGGUCAACCACAUUCUUUUAAAUUCCAGUGAGUACAAGUCCAAAUCUGCCGGAUGCUCUUCGUAUGUUAACCUCUUCAUUCCGGAAUCAUCCUCGUGAACCUCCUCUGGACUCUCUCCGAUGACAACACAUCCUUUCUGAGCUAUGGGGCCCAAAAGUGUUGACAAUACUCUAAGUGUGGCCUGACUAGUGUUUUAUAGAGCCUCAGGAUUAUCCCCUUGAAACAAAAGCCAAUAUGGCAUUUGCAUAUCCUCCCUGUGACCGCAUGGGCUUCUCCCCACAUUCCAAAAACAUGAGGGUCAGUAGGUUAAUUGAACAUAGAACUUAAAACAUUACAGCACAGUCCAGGUCCUUCAACCCAGAAUGCUGUGCUGAUCUUUUAAUCUACUCCAAGAUCAAUCUAACCCUUCCCUCCUACAUGGUCCUUCAUUUUUUUUUCAUCAUGUGCCUAUCUGGAAUUGGUGAGGGUCAAAGAGGAAAUUGUGAAUUUCUUGAGCCUCCUGAGGAAGUAAAGAUGUUAGUGUGAAUUCCCAACAGCCAAAGAGAAAUCCGGGCCAAAUAUAAUUAGACCCAGUGGUCUCUUUAUAAUGUACACCUUCUUGUUAAUACAAAUAUCUAAUCGGCCAAUCAUGUGGCAGCGACUCUGUACAUAAAAGCAUGCAGACAUGGUCAAGAGCUGCUCAUACGACCAUCCACCACCUGUCCCCAUGGCUCCAUGUCACCCUGAUCUAGGGGUCUAAACUUUCGUAUUUCAGGCUAGCAGAGGGAAGCAGUGCCUUACACCUCCUUCGAUAGAGACAUGUCUCCACCCCGACACCUUGGAGGGUGGUAGAUUCUUGAUUAAUCGGGGCUUUGAAGGUUACGGGAAGAAGGCAGGAGAAUGGAGUUGAGAGGUGUAAUAAAUCAGCCAUGGUUGAAUGGCAGAGCAGAUUCGAUGGACUGAAUGGCCUAAUUCUAUUCCUAUAUCUUAUGGUCUUAUAAAGUAGACAGAUGAUAUCUUUUACCCAGGAUUGAGAUGUCUAGUACCACAAAGCAUUCAUUUAAGAUGAGAGGGGGUAGUUUCAGAGGAGAUGUAAGGGGCAAGUUUUUUUACAUAGAGAGUGGUGGGUGUCUGUAAUGUUCUGCCUGGGGUGGUGGUGGGGGCAGAUACAUUACGUAUUUUAAGAAACAUUUAGAUAUACGUGUGAAUGUGAGGAAAGUGGAGGAUUAGGGAUUCUGUGUAGGCAGAGGUUGGCCACUUGAUUAUUAAUUUAAUUGGGUUUGCACAGCUUUGUGGGCCAAAGGGCCUGUUACUGAGUUGUACUGUUCUAAGUUCUAAUAAAAAGAAUAAAACAGA